CUUAGUGCAAACAACUCAACAUUCUCGUCUGCUGCAGUUUCGAUAUUUUGGUUGAAGUUCCGGUCAUGGUGAAUUGUUUACAAAUCCGCUGGAGAUUGGAGUGAACACAGUUUCUGGACGUUGACAAUGUCUUGACGUUUGAAUUUGUAAGCAAACUUGAAAAUCUUCAACUAUGUCUAAAAUUGAGCUGCAAGACUCUGAAAAAAGAUGACUGUGACUUACAGUGCAGAAGUUGCUACCAGUAGAGGUUUUGGCUGCUUUUGGAAACUUUUAUUUAGAUGGAGAGGAAGUAUUUACAAACUUCUGUGGCCUGAUUUAUCCUUAUAUUUCCUUUUUUACUACUUUUUAAGUAUUUUGUACAGAUUCAUACUGAGUGAAUCACAGAGAAGGUACUUUGAGAAGGUCUCCUUGUACUGUAAAGCUUAUGGGGACUUGAUUCCUGUGUCGUUCAUUUUGGGUUUUUAUGUAUCAAUUGUUGUCAAAAGAUGGUGGGAUUCUUUCAAUUGCAUUCCAUGGCCAGAUACUUUAGCAUUUUUUGUAAGUGCCUACAUACAUGGACAGGAUGAAAGAGGACGUUUAAUGAGGAGAACUAUGAUGAGAUAUGCUAAUUUGGCAUUUGUGAUUACAUUGUCUUGCAUUAGUCCAUGUGUUAAAAAAAGAUUUCCUACUAUGGACCACUUAGUUGAUGCAGGUAUAUUGUUGCCAAAUGAAAAGAAAAUUAUGGAACAGUUAAAGACUUCUCACACAACAUAUUGGAUGCCUCUAGUAUGGGCAUCUAGUAUUGCCAUUAGAGCUCGAAAAGAAGGUCGUGUGCGAGAUGAUUUUGCUUUGAAUACUUUGGUUGAAGCAAUGGCAAAUUACAGGGCACUUUGUGGAGGUUUAUUCAACUAUGAUUGGAUUAGUAUACCACUCGUCUAUACCCAGGUUGUUACACUGGUCGUGUAUACAUUUUUCUUAUCUACCCUCAUGGGAAGACAAUACUUGGACCCUGCUCAAGGUCAUCCUGGUUACGAUGUUGAUUUGUAUAUCCCUGUUUUUAAUUUUCUUCAGUUUUUCUUCUACAUGGGCUGGUUAAAAGUAGCUGAAACCUUAGUUAAUCCAUUUGGAGAAGAUGAUGAUGAUUUUGAAGUAAAUUGGGUCAUAGAUCGUGAUAUUCAGGUAUCAUACCUCAUUGUUGAUGAAAUGCAUCAAGAGCAUCCUGAGCUAAUUAAAGAUCAAUAUUGGGAUGAAACGUUACCUGAUCUUCCGUACACAGCCGCAGCUAUGCCAUUCUAUAGUGAGCCACCCAUGGGUUCAGCUGCCAAUUUGGUUAUACCUCCUCAUGAAGCUGAAUUUGUGCCUUUGGAAACAUUAGAUGAAGAUGAACUUGAAGAUAUUAAGAUCAAUGCCAUACCCUAUGAGAAAGGUGAUAUGAGAAACCGCCUGACUCACAAUUUAUCUGGCAGUGUUUGUAGUGGAAUAUCUAGACUUGGUCAAUCAUUUCAACCUGCCUCUUAUGAGAAGAGAGGAGGAUUUUUAAAUAUGAUGACUGAUCUCUUGAGUAGAGAAUCUUCUGUUCGAAAGAAACUAAGGAAAGCACCGUCGAAGGACAGCACAAUAGGACCCUCCCCUUCUUGCAAUACGUCUGGACCUCCAACACCUGAUGAAUUCAAAGACCACAGUGGAUUAAGUGACGACAUAUUCCAUCUUUCGGAUUUGUCUUUGGCGGAUUCUCGAUGUGCUCAAAGUCCCAGUUAUUAUACAACAAAAGAAGCUGCUGACUUCUUUUGGUCUAAAAAACCAGACAGAUAUUUCAGAAAUCUCCGCCGAUCUCAACUUUCCAUUUCAAAAGGAGGCUCUACUCCGAAGAGCGAAUUGGCCGAUGAAGAGAGAUUACGAACACCCCGUGUAAUUCGUAAGAAAAGUUCAAAUAGUUUAAAGAAUUUCUUCAAGGCUGCUAAAUACCGUGGAUCACAAAAGUCUUUAAUAGAUAAUAUGAAACAUGACCCAUUAGGAUCUCGGAGAACUUUAAGAACCCAACAAAGUGAAAUUAGUGAUGCUGAUAGUAUAACAGAAAAUUUCGAUGACAAUGAGAAUAACGACAAGAAUUCUGUCAACUCUGAUGAAGAAAUUACUAUCAUGGAAGUUCAUGACAAAACUAAAAGUAUUAGCAAAAGCAACAAUUAUAUAGACAAUCCAGCAAGUCCACAAACUAGUUCGCCGAUCACCAUCAGCAAAAAGCCUCGAAACAGCUUGCCACAGGUCCAUUCAUCACCAGAAAAGAACAUCUUCUCCAAAUUCACUAAACAGCCGAGCACCGCUACUCUGGUACCAUCAGAUGGCUCGAAUGAAGGGACACCACUGGCGCACAGCAAUAAAAUCAUCUCCAGUCUCAAGAACCAGCCACUUGAAGAGACUGAAAAAAUGAACACUAAUGAUAUUCACAUCAACUCGCCAGAUAAUAACACAAUGGAUGUGAACAUGCAGAACUGUCCGAUGUCUGCAAAACCCAAUCUCAUGAACAGUCCGCAGAAGAAACUGUUUUCGAGGCGGCAUCCAAACAGAGCCAGCAGUCUAUACUUGAGCUCGCAACGAAAAGGCAGCGAUGCAGAGAGCCUGUCAGGGAUUCAAAAGUUUUUCGGGAGGCACAGGGGAAGUAGGCGUCAUUCCCAUACGAUGAGCCAGCCUGUGAGUCCUACUGAAGCUCCUUCACCCGAUGCCGGGAGGAAGGUUUUCUUCCCUCGGGGGUUGUUCAGUCGUAGAAACAGCAGGGGCACUAAAGAUGUAGGGAAAUCGUCCCACUCUCUCCAAGCACAAGAGAAACAUGAGAACACAGUCUCGCCAAGUUUUGAGGAUGUCGAAAAUGCAAAAAAUUUUGAUUCAAAAUUCUCUGAAGUAUAAAAGUCUUUGUUAGUAUUGCAAAAGAUGAUUUGAUGGUGUUUAUAUUUUUGCUUAAUAUUAGUUAAAUUUUACCUAGUGAAAUUUAUCCUGGCCUUUGGUAGCUUUUAACGUUUAGAUAUAUUUUACUACAUCGUCAAUUCUAGUGACUCAAUUUAUAUUAUACAAUAUUAAAAUUGCUUCACAGAAAUAUAUUCAGUUACAGAUUUAGAAUCAUUCCUAAUUUUGAAAACCAAAAAUAUAAAUUCUUAGUGUGGACAUAAAAUUCAUUGAAGUUUGAUAUAAAUGCAGCAAUUUUAAUAAGAUUGAGUCAAUAUUUUCUAAAAAUAUUACAAAAAUUGCUCACAUCAUUGAAUUGUGUGUUGCUAUUUGAUAAAAUAAUUGUAACAAUUUAGGCUGAAUUGCUGAGAAAUUUUGUCUAGCUUUUACAAAGGCAAACAGCAAAAAAUAUUUUUGAAAAAAAAAAAGCGAAAUAUUCUAAAUGGAAAACUGUGCAUGCAAGUUCUGCAUAAUAUUGAACAUGAAUUAUAUUUGUAAUUCAAUCAGUAAAAGCGUACUUCAAUUCGCUAAAUUAAUAUAAUAAUUUUAAUUCAUAAGAAUAUGGAGAAAAAGGUACGGAAGUUCACAUUUUCUUUUUCUAGCAUUAAAAUUUUACACACAAUUAGUUGGUUACAUUGUAGUAUGAUAUACUUUCUUGUUUAAAUGGCCACUGAUUAGUUCUGUGAGCAACGCAGGUUCUUUUUUCCCUUGCAAACAAGUUCUGAAGGGAUAUAAAGAUAUAUUUUGCUUGUCGCUAAUUGAUUUAACUAAUAUUAAGCAUUUGGAAGGAAAUUUACAUGGAACACCUCUUCACAAACAAAAUGUUAAAUCCUAUAUAUACCAUGGAGGUAAUAUAUUCCUAGUGUAAAUUUCAUAUAAUGACAUAUUGUAAAUGUUUUUGCUUAAAAAGCUGACAUGCUCCAUGCUAUGAGAAACUUAAAUACCCAUACUGGUUAUUAAUGUGCUAUUCAUUAACUAUUGUUAUUAGGGUGUUAGUAUCAUUUUUUUCUUUAUUUUAUUAUAUUUAUGCUGUAGAUCAACGGUUCCCAAAUAAUGUUACGUGGAACCUUAGGGCAGUGUUUCCCAAACUUAUGAUUUUUGUGUACCCUUUUUAAUUUUUUCGUAACGCUGUGUACCACUAAUAAAAAAAUGAAUGUAAUUUUUAAAAAAUAUUUUUAUUUUUUGGUACUAUGUUUUGUUAAUAAGUUUAUUUGCUUCAGUGAGACGAAUAUUGUUUUUGCUCUGAUAAAGAACAAUUGCACAAAAGUUAAAAAUCACAACUGGCUGUUGACACCACUAAUUAUUAACUGUUAACAAAAAUAGCCAAUAGAAAAAUACAUAAUCGUAGAUUUUCAUGGCUAGCUUUGUUUUUAAAUAAAAAUUUUUGAAAUUUUCGUUUGUUGCAAGACAUUUUGCAUAAGAAAGCGUAGCCCUGCUGAACUGUUUGGGGACCCCUGGGGGUACGUGUACCACACUUUGGGAAACACUGCCUUAGGGUAAUAAACGUUUAUUGCCGAUUUUUUAAAUUUUUAUUCCAAAGAAAAUCGUAUUUUGCUAAUUUUCAACUUAUUUAUAGACACCAAAAAAGAAAUUCAUAUCUAGACUUGAUUCAGUUAUAAAACUAUGAAUUUAAUUGUCUGACAUAAAACCUAAUUUAAGUUUAUUAAUGAUUAAAAAAUUUAUUCCAUUUAUAAAGUUAGUUACAGAAUAAAGUAAUCUUCUAGUGGCUGCAAUUAUCUUAAUGUACUUGGUUUAAAAGAUUCAUGGUUCCACCAAAAGAAGGUAGAUCAUUUAAAGUACCACAGUGGAAAACAUUGGGAACCGCUGCUCUAGAUGCAAACUUUAAUCAAAUCUAGUCAUUUAUUCUACAUCUCAAGUUAAAGGGAUAAACUUUUAACUUGCUUUAAUUAGUAAUGAUUUAGUAUCUUUUUCAUCCUUUUCAUUUUUAUAUGUUUUUUUUUAAUCUAUAGAUAUGGACAUAAUCUUAAUUCAUGUAUUAUAUUAUUGGUAUUAUUUUAGUAUUAGUAUUAUUUUUAUCUUAGUAUUAUUGUUAUAUUUUACAAUUUUGUGCAUUUCGCUAUUUGCAACAUCCUUCCAUUAGCAUAUCAAGAGAACCUAAUGUUAUUAACAUUUGGUGCAGAAUGGCUGAUUCUAGUCCUUAUGCCAUUAAACAUUACAUCCAACUUAAUUUUCUCUAGAUAGAGUAAACCAACCAGUGAAGGAACACUUCAUAUAUUGAUUAAAAAUAAGAAUUGGAAAGUUUUUCUUUA